AUGGAUGAAGAUCAAGAUCAGCAACUGAGGUGUGCCUCACAGAAAGGAGAGGAGGCCUCCGGUGGCCAGAACCCGGAAAUCACAUUAACUGAGGAACAGAUGGCAACACAGGCCAACCGAAACAUUCAGCUUCGUCAAAAGAUGGCAAAGCUAUUUCAGCAAUACAAGAGUAAACGGACUGAAGCAAUCUUCAAAAAAUAUCAAGUCAGAGUGACUUCACAUCCUUGUGCAAUGAAGGAGAAAAUUUUUGUCAAUGUGACAGGAAAGAAGAAAGUUAUGCCGCUCAGCGUGGAAAACUCUGGAGUCAAACGAGUGUAUUUCACCUUUCAGAACUUUGAUUUUGUGAAAAACGUUUUCACUGUCAGAGACCGCGAUGGAGACAUCAUCAAAACAAUCAAAGACCACCCUCUCAGGCCAGGUGAAUCAUACAAGAUGAAAAUUCAUUUCUCCUCUGACCACCCUGGCCUCUAUGAGCAACUGCUAGUCUUUAAGUUUGAAAGAGGCCAUGAACGUUCAGAGACAUUCAACAUUAUGCGCCUCGUGGAGGUCAUUUGUCGAACACCUCAGUGCCUCAGUGUAAGGGACCCUCAAGCUGUGUCAGAAAUAGCAAAGAUGUUGCAGCCUGCAAAGAGGAAACCUCGAAUGGGUUGUGAGAUCCUUCUAUCAAUGGUGGUGCAUCUCAGGAACUACAUAAUGCCCGACUACAUAGCAAAGACUGAAGAAUUAGAUAUGGAGCUGGAGGAAAAGUCACUAAACUGGACAAACUACUCUUGGAGAUUCCAUUUGCUUCUUCAUCUCGAGGAGUACGCGAUCACUACAGCUCUUGAGAAAUGCAACCGAGAUGAAGUGCUUUUGGUCACUCACCAAACUGAAAAAGACAUGCUGGUUUUAAGGGCAGAAGAUGUCCUAAACAAGUCUAAUUUUGUCCUGAGUGGAUGCAAAGCACUGGUGACGCCAUUAAAUCAGCAGGGAGAAAAUAUAUCCUACAAAGGAUGGAUCGAUGAAGUGGAUGAGGAGCAAAUCUACUUGAAAUUCCAUGAAAUCUUUCCAAAAGAUUUCGACAAGGGCGUGAGCUGCAAACUUGUACUUUCUCUCCAACGAUUGCCACUGCGAACGCAGCACAGAGCAGCAGCGCUAGUGUACAAGCAUAGACUGAGGCAUCUGCUCUUCCCUGUUGGACUAUGUUCUACACACCAUUCAUGCCUCACACCCGUGGCUCCAAAAUUCAUCAUGACACCAAUGCUGGAAAACAACCCAGAGCAGCGAAAAGCCAUUCAACACAUUCUAGCCCGUUCUGCGAAGCCCGCCCCUUACCUGAUAUUCGGUCCACCUGGCACAGGCAAAACAAUAACAUUGGUUGAAGUAAUCAAGCAGAUUGUGAAGACUCAAGACGUGAACAUCCUGGUUUGUGCACCUACCAACAGCACAACAGACCACAUCUGCGAGAAGAUCUUGGAAGAGAACAUUGUUCCGGAUGAAGUGUUUCGCCUAUACUCCCUAAGCUAUAAAGUGGAAAAGGUCCCUCAAAUUUUGAAGACACACUGCAAGAUUAAUACUGAAACAAACACUUUUGUAAUACCGACCAAAGAGGAUUUGAUGAAGUACAGGAUUAUGGUCACCACCCUUCUAGCUGCUGGAAGGCUAGUGACAGGCGGCGUUCCUCCAGGCCAUUACAGUUACAUCAUUGUGGACGAGGCAGGCCAGGCUAUAGAACCAGAGUGUUUAGUUCCAAUAGCAGGGUUGCUGAAACCAGAAAGGGGCCAGGUUGUUCUGGCUGGAGACCCAAAACAGUUGGGCCCCAUCAUCAUAUCAAAGAUUGCAGAUGGAAAUGGCUUGGGCUUAUCCUUACUGGAGAGGCUAAUGACGGAAAUCAGUCUGUACCAACCACACAAGACAAAAGGCUUCAAUAAUCGCUUCAUGACCAAACUGCUGAGGAACUAUAGAUCCCAUCCUGCAAUUCUCAAAAUUCCCAAUGAGCUGUUCUAUGAUGGCGAACUUCUGUCCUGUGUUCACCUUGGGAAUUCUUUAUACAGUAACUGGGAACCCCUGCCCAGGAAGGAUUUUCCUCUAUUGUUCCACGGGGUGGCAGGCAUUAAAAAACAGGACCUCAACUGCCCAUCUGUUUACAAUAUUGCUGAGGUGGACGUAUUAAAGGAAUAUUUAAAAUCCAUAAUCAGCUAUCGUCACAAAAACGGCCUGAACAAAAUCGAACCAAAGGAAAUUGGUAUAGUCACUCCAUACAAAAAACAGGUGGAGAAGAUUAAAAUGGCCCUUUACACAGACAAGGAUCUAAUCAAACUUGAUCUGGAAAAUGUUCUGGUUGGCACAGUCGAGAUCUUUCAGGGUAAAGAGUAUGACGUGAUAUUGGUAUCCACGGUGCGCAGCAAUCCCAGACUGACCACACGUCAACAACACUUCAGCUUGGGCUUUGUGAAAAGCGAGAAGAGAUUCAAUGUGGCAAUGACCCGAGCCAGAAACCUCCUGGUUGUGGUGGGAGACCCCAGAGUCCUGGAAUUGGAUCCAGUGUGGAACAAAUUUAUCCAUUACUGUUCAAAAGAAGGAGCAUAUCGUGGCAUCACACUUUCUGAUUUGGGGGAAGAGAUAAAGGUCACUGGCCCUUCACCAAGCUCCUGCCCACAGUAGGAAGUGACACCACAGGCUCCAUUCAGCUGGAGGAAUCAGAAGCAUUUAACGUGAAAAUAAAUUU